AUGAACUAUGUGAUCCAGCAAGGUUGGGCCUUCUACUGGGGGACGAGUCAGUGGUCAGCGGCCGACUUCAUCGAGGCCUGCGAGAUUGCUGAUCGUCUGGGACUCAUCCGUCCUAUCGUCGAGCAACCUGAGUAUAACCUGUUGGAACGUAGCAAGGUGGAGCUGGAAUACGCACCGUUGUAUGACAAAUACGGACUCGGACUCACGACGUGGUCACCGUUGUCCUUCGGGAUUCUCACGGGUAAAUACAGCGCUGUUGCGUCUGGUGCUACUACACGCAUGGACGUUGCAUGGAUAAAGGAGUCCAUCCCUGAUUUCGACGACCGGGUGGCCAAAGCGGACAGUUUAAAACCUGUAGCUGAGGAAUUGGGCUGCUCCAUGGCUCAACUGGCCAUCGCUUGGUGUCUGUCGAACGAGAACGUGUCGACCGUGAUGAUCGGUGCUAGUUCGACGGAGCAACUCAAGCAGAACUUGAAGGCUCUGGACGUGGUCGCUAAGAUGACGCCGGAGAUCAAGAACAAGAUCGAAGCGGUGAUCCCCAUUAACGCCAAGAAGCCUGCAGCGGACUGGCUGUCGAAUGUACGUGCGCGCCACUUGUGAGACAGAAGCCUAAAGAGCAUAAGGUAGCGAGAUACCACGAACCGAACACCGUCCUGCAUUUUGGCAUAACAUGAACGAGAUAUAC